GAGCCAUGUUUUCUUCAGUGGUUUACUAUAAUUCUCUGUGGUGAUUUAUUUAACUCACAAGCCUGUACCAAUAUUUGAUAAUGUUAUUAUUAACGAAACUUUGCUGUGCUUUUUUUGUACCUGUGUUGGCAUGCAACAUUAAGCAUCCGCUCAGACUGGUGGGUGAAAGCGGGACGCUAGGACCCAGCAAACUCCAAGUUGCAGAUUUUGAUAAAGUGGGGGCGCUCGAGGUUUUACGUCAGCGGGUUUCAUAUUUUAAACAGAAUAAGAUGGCGGAGGAGAGCGGGAUGAGGUUUCGGAAUCAUUCCGAACAGAAUUGCAAAAACAAGGCUUUUGUUGAAGGAGUCAGUGGAGUGGAGGAUGUCGCCUUGAAUUCAGAGGAUGCCUUGAAUUCUGAGGACGUCCCCAUGAAGGAGGCCCGGCCCAUACAGAUUGUCCUGGCACACGAAGAUGAUCACAACUUUGAGCUGGAUGAGGAGGCCUUGGAGCGCAUCCUCCUGCAGGAGCACAUCCGGGAUCUCAACGUGGUGGUUGUUUCUGUGGCAGGAGCUUUCCGAAAGGGCAAAUCUUUCCUGCUGGAUUUCAUGCUGAGAUACAUGUACAAUAAGAAUUCAGCAUGGUUGGGUGGAAAUGAUGACCCUUUGACUGGGUUUACAUGGCGAGGUGGAUGUGAACGAGAAACAACUGGCAUUCAGGUCUGGAGUGAAGUAUUUGUGAUUGAAAAGCCUGAUGGAAGCAAGGUGGCUGUGCUCUUAAUUGACACUCAAGGGGCCUUUGACAGCCAGUCGACUAUCAAAGACUGUGCCACAGUGUUUGCUUUGAGCACUAUGACCAGUUCAGUUCAGGUUUAUAAUUUAUCCCAGAACAUCCAGGAAGAUGACCUUCAACAUCUGCAGCUGUUCACAGAAUACGGACGGCUUGCAAUGGAGGAAAUAUACAAGAAACCAUUUCAGACACUUAUGUUUCUAAUUCGAGACUGGAGUUAUCCUUAUGAGCAUCCCUAUGGUCUUGAUGGAGGAAAGAGUUUUUUAGAAAAGAGGUUGCAGGUGAAACAGAACCAGCAUGAAGAGCUGCAGAAUGUUAGGAAGCAUGUCCAUUCUUGUUUCUCAAAAAUCGCUUGUUUCUUGCUGCCACAUCCAGGACUCAAGGUUGCCACAAAUCCUAACUUUGAUGGAAGAUUAAAUGACAUAGAUGGUGAUUUUAAGAAGGAGUUGAAGAAUUUGAUACCAAUAUUAUUGGCUCCCGAGAACUUGGUAGAAAAAGAAAUUGGUGGCUCCAAAGUGACGUGCAGAGAUCUUGUAGAGUACUUUAAAGCUUACAUCAGAAUAUAUCAAGGAGAGGAACUGCCUCAUCCCAAGUCCAUGCUACAGGCAACAGCUGAAGCCAACAAUCUUGCAGCUAUUGCGGGAGCAAAAGACUGUUACAACAAAAGUAUGGAGCAGAUAUGUGGAGGAGACAAGCCUUAUAUUGCACCUUCAGACUUGGAGCGCAAGCACUUGGAUCUGAAAGAGGCAUCCAUCAGACAGUUCCGCUCUGUGAAGAAAAUGGGAGGAGAGGAGUUCUGCCACCGCUACCAGGAGCAGCUUGAGGCUGAAAUCGAAGAGAGCUAUGCAAACUUCAUCAAGCACAAUGACGGCAAAAAUAUUUUCUACGCUGCUCGCACACCAGCUACACUUUUUGCUGUUAUGUUCGUCAUGUACAUCGUCUCAGGAGUGACUGGUUUCAUUGGUUUGAACACAAUAGCGACCCUCUUUAAUCUUGUUAUGGGAGUAGCAUUGCUAUCGCUGUGUACAUGGGCAUAUGUUAAAUACUCUGGGGAGUUUAGAGAAGUUGGAUCAGUCAUCGAUCAAGUAGCAGAAACCCUAUGGGAACAGAGGACUCCAAGAAAGGUGUUUUCCAAACUAUUUGAAUUGGCGAGAAGUCGAAUCACGCGGCGCUCUUUCAUACCAACACUGAGACUGUCCUCAAACAACAAGAAGAAGAGAAACUAGCUGUUGCACUCAUUCAGUUUUAAAUAUAUCCAGUCACUUAUUUGGACAGGCCAGUGGUCUGGAUAAAUACUGUAACAUACCUGGUUCACCCGACAUAUAAAAUUAAUCUUUAAGGAGCCGUUAAAUAGUUAAUUUUUGGAAGACUGACAGUUAAUCAGAGCGUGAGAGAGUUCUACUAGUUAGCCAAUUUGUUUCUGGGAGAAACUGAUACAAAAUAGGCUGCAUACAUUUUAUGAGUUGCCAUUGUUUUUGUGGGGUUUUUUGCAUUUUAUUUGCAAAGUAUGCUUCAAAAAUUUGUUAUACUUGGUAUUUUUCUAUUGGUGCUUUUUUCAUGUCAAUGUUUUUUUUUUUUUCUAACAUUACCUUUUUGUUUCACUUUUUUUUAUUUCCCCCCCUUCAUUUUCAUGUUACAGGUGUUGAAGCCUCUGAGUGAUCAUUUCAUGGAGGACAACAUUAGACAGACUGUGGCAAACUCCAUCAAAGCUGGUCUGACUGAGCAGGUUACCC